CCGUUUGUGCACGAUUUUCGCGGAGCUUCCCGGCGCGUCAUCUUUACGCUGCGCGUGAGUGGAUCAAGUCAUUUUAACAGAUCAUCCUCACUCACGGUAUAGAGGCGUUUUUAUCUCAGAGUGGUCGCAUUUUUACAGGAAAGUGUCAUGUGGACAAAAUUUCCUGACACCCCCAUCAGCGUCAUUAAGAUAAAAAAGCUCCAGGUUUCCAGGUUUUCCAGGCCGUCGCUUCUUUAGGAAAAUAUAGUUUAUUUUGGAUAAAUUCGGUAGGAAACGUUCUUUUCUUCUUCUUCUAAAAAAUGAAAAGCUUUCCACGCAGCGUUUCCACGCAGCGUUUCCACGCAACAGCGCGGCAGCUGUGAGGAAUAGAUGCGGCUGCAGGGUUGGUGGGGGUCUCUGUAGGAACCCUUUGCGCCUUCCUAACCUAAUGGAGCGACCAGAUGAGCCGGUCGGGGGCUCAAGCCACCAUGGUGUCACAGAGGAGCGCGGUUUGCCUCCAUUUUCCUCCGGUGAACGUUCAGACCAGCCACAGCAGGAGGAGCCCACGGUGAUGAUGAUGAGCGACGUCUAUCUACCCAUCCCUGGUGAAGAGAAGAACCUGGAUGCGGACUUUACUAACGCCAAGGCCAGGAAGGAGUCCAUCCCCAUGAGAAGCUUCUAUGCCGAUGAUGGCUCGUCCCUGCAUCCACCACUCGGCCCGUAUUUCUCUGAUGGACAGCGGCGUGUGGACUACGUGUUGGCGUACAGCAUCCAAAAGCCCAGCAGCAGCAUCCGUCGGCAUUCAUCCAGGUUUGGUGACAACUUCUUCCAACGGCUUCGCCGCAGCCUAAGCAUGAGAAGCAGCCGAGCGCCGCUGCAGCCGCAGGAGGACCCGGAGAUCGCCGCCCGAGACCAGCGCACCGACUACCAUGAGGAUGACAGGCGCUUCAAGCGGAAGGAGUUUGAGGAAAACCUCCUAGAGUCGGGACUAGAGCUGGAAAAGGAUGAAGGGAACAAAAUUCCCGGAAUUGGCUUCCUGAAGAUCCACGCUCCCUGGAAUGUUUUGUGUCGAGAGGCCGAGUUCAUGAAGCUGAAGAUGCCAACAAAGAAGGUUUAUGAGGUGAAACAAGGCAGCAAUCUGGUGGAGAAGAUCCGACUGUUCAUUCACAAAGUUACAAUUCCUCUUCACCCCAAAGUGGAACCCAACCGACUUAAAGAUGUCAAACCCCUCUGCCAUCCUUUUUCCAGAGAGAAGCAGCAUCUAUUCGAUCUGUCUGACAGAGACAAGUUCUUCGACAGCAAGACCAGGAGUGCAAUAGUCUAUGAGAUACUGAAGAGGACAAGAUGCUCGAUGGCGGGAAGCACCAGUCAUUCCAUGGGGAUCACCAGUAUGCUGGGCAGCAGUGUCUACACAUCUGCUUAUCCUCUGCAUGACGGAGACAUCGAUGGGGUGAAUGCAGAACCCAACGACAGAAAGCUGCUGUAUGAGGAGUGGGCCAGCUACAGUGUCUUCUACAAGUACCAACCUAUUGGACUCAUCAGGAAAUAUUUUGGGGAGAAAGUCGGCCUCUAUUUUGCCUGGUUAGGGGUCUACACACAGAUGCUGAUACCUGCCGCCAUCGUUGGAGUCAUUGUUUUCCUUUACGGCUGCGCCACUGUCGACGAUAAUAUACCCAGCAUGGAGAUUUGUGACGGCAGAAAUAACAUCACCAUGUGUCCGCUGUGUGACCGAGUCUGCAGCUACUGGAAGCUGGUGACUGCAUGUGGCACAGCUCGGGCCAGCCACCUGUUUGACAACUCAGCCACAGUGUUCUUCUCCAUCUUCAUGGCCCUCUGGGCCGUUCUCUUUAUGGAGCACUGGAAGAGGCGGCAGAUGAGGCUCAACUAUAUCUGGGACCUGACAGGUUUUGGAGAGGAGGAGGAGGAGGAACACAAGGAUCACAACCGAGCCGAGUACGAGUUGCGGGUCAUGCAGAAGUCAAUGAGACAGGAUCAGUCGGAGCCAAAGGACGAGAAAAUGAAGCUGACCUGCACGGACAGACUUCCAGCUUACCUCACUAUGGUGGUCAUGAUGGGGUUCAUGAUCACAGUGACAUUUGCCAUGGUCUUCGGGGUCAUCCUGUACCGGAUCAGCAUUAAGGCAGCUCUGCACACGAGCACGUACCCGGUAGCCCGGUCCAACAUCCGAGCCACAGUCAAAGGCACGGCUGCUGUUAUCAACCUCAUCAUCAUCAUCAUCUUAGAUGAGAUCUACGCUGCCAUCGCCCGCUGGCUGACCACACUGGAGGUUCCAAAGACCGACAAAAGUUUUGAAGAGCGCCUCAUUUUCAAAACCUUCAUCUUGAAGUUUGUGAACGCCUUCACACCCAUCGUGUACUUGGCCUUCUUCAGAGGAAGGCUUGUUGGGAGACCUGGAAAGUACCUGUAUGUUGUUGACUCCUACAGGAUGGAGGAGUGUGCCCAUGCCGGCUGCCUGAUGGAGCUCUGUAUCCAGCUGUGUAUCACCAUGCUGGGCAAGCAGCUGAUCCAGAACAACCUGUUUGAGAUUGGCAUCCCGAAGCUGAAGAAGCUGCUCCGGAAGAGGAAGACGGAGUUGGACUCCAAGGAAGAGGAGGAGCUGAACGCCACUCUGCAGCGCCACGAGAAAGACCACCUACUGGGUCCUUUUGUUGGCAUCAACCCCGAGUACAUGGAGAUGAUCAUCCAGUUUGGGAUGGUGACUCUCUUCGUGGCCUCCUUCCCUCUGGCUCCCCUCUUUGCUCUUCUGAAUAACAUCAUUGAAAUUCGUCUGGAUGCCAAGAAGUUUGUCAUGGAGCUGCGCAGGCCCAUCGCAGCCAGAGCCAAGGACAUCGGGAUCUGGUAUAACCUCUUGAGGGGUCUCAGCAAGGUUGCAGUCAUUGUUAACGCUUUCGUCAUUGCCUUCACCUCUGACUUCAUCCCUCGGCUGGUCUACCAGUACACGUACAGUCCUGACGGCAGCCUGCACGGCUUCGUCAAUCACACGUUGUCAUAUUUCAACGUCAGUGACUUCGAGGCAGGAACAGCCCCAGUCCAGCCAGACCACCUGGACCACCAGGUCAACCACCAUGUCAAGGUGUGCAGAUAUAAGGACUACAGAGAGCCUCCCUGGUCCAGCACACCUUAUGAUCUAUCCAAGGAGUUCUGGGCCAUUCUAGCGGCUCGCCUCGCCUUUGUUAUCGUCUUUCAGAACGUGAUCAUGCUGAUGAGUGACUUCGUGGACUGGCUGAUCCCGGACAUCCCUAAAGACAUCAGCCUGCAAAUGCACAAAGAGAAGAUUCUCAUGGUGGAGCUCUUCAUGAAGGAAGAGCAGGGUAAGCGGAUAGCCGCACAGGGCAGCCAAAGCCAGGACAACCUGACCAGCCCCGCGUCGGAUAACCAGAGCCAACCACAGCCCCGUUCUCGCCACACCAUAGCUGGCUGGUAAAGGGUCAAAUAUUUCCUAUUAGCUCACUGCCAGCUUUUCAUUUUCUGCAAAGUUUUUGCUGCAUUCACAUUAUUUUAGACUUCAUGUUACAUAGAUUUUACAUUCUGAGACCUUAACCAGAAAUUUAACAAGCAAACGGGCAGUUCUCUGCCUCCGAUCGGCUCACAUCCAUUCAGUUCACCUGAGGAGGCGAUGCAGAGCAUCUUAUCCUACACUCUCCCACGGGACUGAACGCACCUUUUUUCUUUUUAAUGAAGACAGCUGACAUGAAUCCAUCCAAAUGGUCCUCCAGAGAAAAGAUUUCUCUUCUUAUUGGUGGGAAACGACACGGAAGAAGAUUUCCUGACAUCGAUGUUUGUGAUGUUUUUUUUUUGUUUGUUUUAUUUUGAACAAUUCUGAAUAAAUGCAGGAAUUUGUUGACGUACUUUUUUAAUAUGCGCAUGUGUUUUAUGUUUUUUAAAAACAGCUGAGCAGUCACACUAUUCAUUCCAGUCAACUGGAAUCCUUAAAGCUGCAAGAGAUUCAAACUUUUAUGUUUAUGAUCUUUUUCUUUACCAGCAAACUGAGAAUAUUUAUUUGACCCUCACUGAACUCUGACAUGUUUCCAAGCGCCGGUACUCUUGUAUUUGUUCAGAUUUACAGUCACUGUUUACAAAAUGAACAUUUAAGCAAAGACACAUGGAACCGCUCAGCACAACGUAAGCAACGUAAACUCAUGUCUGGCGCUCUGAUCACUUCCUUUACACGCAAACAAAAAGCCUAAAUAUAUCCUGACUCUAACGUCUGAGUUCUUUUGAUAUGUUAGAAGAGUAAAAGUGGUUUUCAUGUUCCUUAGAAGACCGCCUCCUGCUGCUGGGAUAAAUAAUGUCUGCAAAACCAGCAUGAAAAGCAGAAAACCGCACCACGCUCUCUAGAAACGGAGAAAGUACUCGUUUAUUUCAGUACUGGAAAGGUUUUCAUGCUUCUCACAUGGUUUUUCUCACUUGCCUGAGGUCAACGUGUGUGAGGGGGAUGGACGUGUGGUGAAAAUGGGGAACAUCUGACUCUUAAACUGCUUUCAGGGAUCAAACACGGCAGAUGAAAGACACUCUAGAUUCCAGGAGUUUGGUUCCCCCUCUUUGUUUUCCCGCCGUUUCGGACUUCCGCUUCCAACCGUGCACACAUGCCAGAUUAAUUCAUGGAAGCUAAAUUUGCUCCUGGAAAUGCUGGUUUUGUGCCCUAAAUGCUGACUUUUCUCUGGAUUUUUAUUCCUAACAGAAGGUUGGAGGUGUGAAUAAACACCUGGUCAGUUUACUCUCAACACAGUCGCAUUCUCAUUUUUAAGAAUUUCUAGUUGUCUCUUAAAUAUGUUGCAACAAUAAAGAAACUGUAGAAUAGAAACUGUAGGUGUAAUCCUGGUAUGAAACGUCUGUGAAACUGGUUUUGAAGAUGCUGGUUGUAUGAUGAUUUCGAGCUACGCUGGUGUCCUGCUCGGUGGGUUGCCAACUCCGAGCACUAACCCACUCUCUGCCUUAUAAUCUGCCAGCUGAUCGCACCAGAAAUGAUUGAUCAUCAUUACAAGUAUUACUGGCGCAUGUUAAACCUGGAAAAACGUCUUUUUUAAACGUUAUCUUGCCAUAUUUUAACCUUGUUAAUCAUUUAGCAUUUUCAUAUCGUUACGUAUUUUAUAUCUUUUCAUCCACAAAGACUGAAUAUUUUCUUUCUCAUGUAUAAAAACUGCAGAAGCAUCUGUGGAAGUGACUGGAUGUUAAAAUGCAGACGAAAUCUGGGAUCACACCCUGCUGGAGAAAGAGGGAAAGCUCAGACUGACAGAAUGUAUUAUUCCUUAUUUGUUCAUGUUUAGUGAUGGACGAUGACUCUGAGGAAAAGUGUUUAGUUAUGUGACAUUUUAAUGAGACUUGAACAGCCCAGAGGGGGCUCUUACAAAGACAAUAAAAACCAUAUUAUAGUCUCUGUUUUAAAUAAAUGUUUAUUUAAAUGACACUUCUUGGCUGUGUCUGGCAACUAUUUGGGAAAACAUCAGCUGAUGCAGUUUAAAGACGUUUUCUCCGUGAAGAUGUUGCUUCCUUCUGAGUAGAAUUUUAAAAAGUAUAUAUAAAUAAAAAAAGCUGCACAUUGAUUUUUACCAUUGAUAACCUGCUGCACACGGUCCCAUUACAGCACAAAUACUUUCUUCUUUUAACCUGCGGUCACAUGUAGACCUUUUCUAAGAUGUCCUCCUCUUGUGGUUUUUAGCCAUGUUUGUAUUACCAGCAAAGACAAAACCUUCAGAUUGUGACGUGCUUCCAUCUAUCCUGAUAUCCGUCGAAGCACAUCAUGAGUGCAUCUGCAUGUAAAACUGAUGGCUCUGAUAUUUUGUUCUAUUCUGAUCUUUUAGUUUAUCUUUUUGUUCUUGUGUAAGAAGUUAUAAUAAACCACAGAUGAAUUGC